AGACAGUCAACAGAGCAAGCUUGGAGGAAAACGAUGUCUCGAGCUCAUGAUAAGGUCUUGGAGUACAUGCUAAUACUAAUGGAUUUAGGUGGUGCUCGGGGUUUUGUGUAUGGUAUUAUCCCAGAAAAAGGAAAGCUUGUAAGUGGCGUCUCCGAUAAUCUAAGGGGUUGGUGGAAGGAGAAGGUGCGAUUUGAUCACAAUGGCCCAUUGGUGGUUGAGAGAUAUCGACUCGAACAUAACAUUCCAUCGCAUGGGACAAAUACCUCGGUCUUGAUUCCACAACUACUGAUGGGUUUCCAGGAUUCAACUCUAGGAUCUCUACUGUCUUCCUUGAUGCAGCAAUGCGAGCCUCCUCAAAGGAGGUUCCCCUUGGACCAGCAAGUUUCGCCGCCAUGGUGGCCAACCAUGGAGGAGGACUGGUGGCCCCAGCUCGGGUUGUCUAGGGACCAGGGGCCUGUGCCAUACAGGAAGCCACAUGACCUCAAAAAAGCCUGGAAGGUUAGUGUCCUUAUUGCAGUCAUCAAGAACAUCUCCCCGGAUUUUGAUCACAUUCAGAGGACCGUGCAGAAUUCGAGAUGUCUCCAAGACAAAAUGUCUGCAAAGGAGAGAACACUUUGGUCUUCUGUGCUCCAUUAG